AUGUGUGCGGUACGCCUUCAGCAAGCAGUCAAACCGAUACUGCGACUCUCGAGCGUUUCAACAGCAUGUCAGAGCAAGAGGGAAUCCCACACUAUUUGGUAUCCGGAUGCUGAGUUCCAACGGGAGUAUAUGCAAAUUGGAGGCGUUUUGGGUCGAAUGGAUUUUCCGAAAGAUACUCGGUUUGGAGGAGCUAUUGGUACAAAUAAGCUAGUGAAAUUAUUGAAAGAAAGUCCAGCGUUAAUGCCCGGUUAUCACGGAAAGUUUCGUGAGAAGGAAUUGGAAAAUAUGAUUUUAAAUUUUGGACCGCAGCAUCCUGCCGCUCAUGGUGUACUUCGUCUGGUCCUGAAACUUGAGGGCGAGGUUGUCAUAAAAGCGAUGCCUCAUAUCGGUUUGCUUCACAGGGGGACUGAAAAGUUAAUUGAAUAUAAAAAUUAUACUCAAGCAUUGCCCUAUAUGGAUCGCUUGGACUAUGUAACAAUGUUUAAUAGCGAGCAGGGAUUUUCUUUAGCUGUAGAGAAACUUCUGGGCAUCGAUAUUCCCCCUCGUGCCAAAUGGAUAAGAACUUUAUUUUGCGAAUUAAACCGUUUGGCUAGUCAUGGAUUUAGUUUGGUGACCCACGCUUUGGAUGUAGGAGCCAUGACUCCUUUGUUCUGGAUGUUCGAGGAACGUGAAAAAAUAUUUGAAUUCAAGUGGGGAACCUGUUCAACUUUUUCUGAGAACUCUCUUUCCUUUUUAAGUAAAAAGGCAGUAAUCACUCAAGAAUCUGUUGUUCAUAUUGCCGUUGUUUUCAGUGAACGCGUAAGCGGUGCUCGUAUGCAUGUCAAUUACAUUCGUCCAGGUGGCGUUUCUUUUGAUCUUCCAUUGGGUAUUUUGGAUGAUAUCUAUGACUGGGCGAUUAAGUUUCCAGAAAGGAUAGAUGAACUUGAAGAUAUGUUAACAGAAAAUCGAAUCUGGAAGGCUCGUACGAUUGAUAUUGGGAUCGUCUCGGCAGAGGAUGCUCGCAACCUUGGUUUUAGUGGAGUAAUGUUGCGCGGAUCUGGUGUGAAAUGGGACGUGAGGAAGGCAGCACCAUAUGACGCAUACGAUCAGGUAGAAUUUGAUGUUCCAGUUGGAACUAAAGGGGAUUGCUACGACAGAUACUUAUGCCGUGUUGAAGAAAUGAGACAGAGUUUGAGGAUUGUUCAUCAGUGUUUGAACAAAAUGCCAGCUGGCGAAGUUAGGAUAGACGACCGCAAAAUUAUGCCUCCGAGAAGAGCUGAAAUGAAGAAUAGUAUGGAAGAGUUGAUUCAUCACUUCAAAUUCUUCACUGAAGGAUAUCCAGUACCGCCAGGUGCCGUCUAUGUCCCUGUUGAAUCUCCUAAUGGAGAGUUUGGCUGUUAUAUUGUUUCUGAUGGCAGUUCAAGGCCGUACAGAUGUUUCAUUCGUGGCCCUGGGUAA